AUGGGCUCCGAGCAAGCUGGGGACGAUUUCGUCACAGACGUCUCGAUCGAGUUCGAGGAUCCCAACGAGUCCAUUGAUGACACGGAGACCUUGCUGUUCUCGAAUCUCGACACCCCAACUCCGUGCCUGCGCGUCGGAGACAGGGAGUAUGAAGGGCACUACGAGUAUGUCAUCGGGACACACCUCUAUUUCUCUAGCGAAGGAGAGAACGGCUCCAGCACCAGUCCAGCUGAACAACAGGCGGAGGACCGCGUUCCAUCCUACCAGCUCAUAGGCAAGACGUGCAAGAAGAUCGUGAUGAGGAGGGUGGGAGGAGCCCGAACGGCUCCAGCAGAGGCAGCUGACAAGCAGGACGCCAUGGAGACGUGA